AAAAAGACAACAAGGUAUAUUGAGAAUCAAAAAAGACAACAGGAAAAUACAGUUUCCUGUGAGGCACCAGCCAGGCGUACCUUCCUCUUCAGGUUGGCUGCUGGUGAGGUAUAAUCUUUUCUCUGUCCUCUGCACGCUUAUUUCCAGUGGUGGGUCCCAUGGGAAGGGUGGGCCCUGCUGGUGCUGCCCGGAGCAGGAGCUGUGCUGGCACUGGGGCUGCUCCCACAGGCUGUGCCCAGCCAGAGCCCAGCUUCCACCUUUGUCCUCUCACACUGCACAGAGCUCCAGGGCUCAUGCACUGCUGUCAAAUCCACGCACUGGAGAUGCAGGCUGAUGCGGCAAGACCCAGGGAGAGCCCUUUCUGCACAUCAGGGAAAGGGUGAUGGUUGGUUGUGAAAUCCACCCGUGUGAAGCACUUCAUUCUUUUUCUUUUUUAAAAAGCAUCCUCUCCGAACGACAAAGCUGUGUGUUGUGGUUGCUUGAAAAUAAUGAAAUAUAUUUCCUUUAUGGAUUUGUAUCAGAAAAUCUCCGUGUGAUCUCCUGGUGAAAGAAAAGAGGCUGUUGCACACUUGAGGUUGGUGUUGCUUAUGGGUCUUCUUUGGUCUGACACUCAGCUGGAGCAUCUGCAGGCAUUUGUGUCUGAUCAGGCGAUGGGUGGGCAGAGCCUUCAUGUUGCUGAUGUGCAGUGGACAGUGACUCUUCAGCAUUUCUGAACUGAAGACAACUUGGGACAAUUUCCCCUAAAAGUAAAAAAAAAAAGUAAUUUUGGCAUCUUCUGUUUGAAGUUUAAUUGAAUAUUUAAUUUAUAUGUUAGUGUAUUUUCUGCUGGUUUCAAACUCAACGCUUUCUCCCCACUGCGUACUGUUGAUUAAAUAUAAUUUGUAAGUCAUCGUUGAGGAUCUAGGCUUCCUUUUAUUUCUUCAUCCUCUUUGCUUCUGUGAAUUGUUUUGCACAAAAUACAGAAGAGCUGGUGGAGGACCUUGGGCCUCAACUGGAUAAAAACAUUUAUUCUCCAUACACUGCUUGCUUCGCUAUUUUUAGCACACUGUUUUCCUUUCCUUGUGAUUCACCGCCUCUGUGCCUUGGCUUGCAGGUCACCUGGCUUUGGAUGUGCAGACCAGGGCCGGAUCUCUGCUGGCACAACAGUGCUGCGACCCGAGGAGCUGGGUGCUCCUGCGCUGGUGUGGCUCUGGAAGGGGUGGGGAAGGCUGAGCCCUGUCCCGGAGAUUCUCUGGAAAGUAUGUUCUAAGAAUAGGCGGUACGGGGCGUUACAAACCCACGUGCGACGGGAGCAGGGCUGGGCUAUGGGUGAUGUGAGGUCAGAGCCCAUGGGGCCGGCCGGCCCCUGGCUUGCCUUUGCCCUCGUGGAGGGACGGCUGUUUUGGACGGAUGUGUUGUGAGUGCAGCGCUGCUAUUCUUGCUCUAGCGGUGUUAAUUUUAGCUUUCAGAUGAGUGUUUGGGGCUGUCAGAAGGCUGUUCUGCCCUGUGGGGUCUGGGUGGUGCUCCUGGGAACCAGCCCUCAGGCCACAGUGUGCUGCCUGGGCAGAGGGUCAGCAGGUGUGCAUGUUUGUAAGGCAGACAGGGGUAUGUUGGUGAGAUAGCAGCGCUCAGGUGGGUCCUCUUCCUAAAAGGAUACUUUCCAAGGAACGUAUGUAAGGAAAGCCUGACUGUGCUGGGAGCAUCUCUUGUGCUGGUGGUAACACCAGAGCUGUAGCAGCGACCCGUUUGGGUGAGGAUCAGAACUCGUGCCCCUGAAGAGCUGACAUACAAAUCGUGCACAUGGGAGCCCUCAGCUUGUAAUAGCAUUUUAAUAGAGCUGACUGCUUUAACCAGAAAAUUGGAGUAGGUCAUCAGUGUUGGUUUUUUUCCUCCCAAAAUAACUCACUUCUCUCCUCCCCAUCCCACAUCCUUCUCUGGCUCACUGAUUUGCUUUUUGAGACGUGCCUCGGUAAAGCUGAGAAGUUGCUGUAUCUAUUAAAAACAGGUACUGAUAGGUAACUUUGAGAGAAGUUCAUCGUGCAAGAGGUUCCUCAGUACUCUUGGGAAACUGAUCCCUUAUCUUUGCUUUGUGGGCCAAGUGUUGGGUGCUGGUUUCCCAUGUGUGGCUCACCGUUCAGAGGGAUUCCCCUGACUCUUGCAGCUGCGGCAUCCCUGUUGAUUCCACCCAAAAUGAGUCAGUGUUGGGUGUUUGGAUUUCACGUUGCAUUUUCCAAAUUUGCUCUGGUUUAUUUUCGAGAGUUCUGGCUAUGAUCUGAAGCACAUGUCACGUGUUGUAACGGUUCUUUUCCUUGCAGUAACCUUAGGGAGGAAAAACACCAGCUUGUGUCUGUGGUGCUUUUGUCUGUGGUGCAAUACCAGGUGUUUAUGAAACAAAGUGGGACCUGUGCUCGCACACCAUGCAGCUGGCAUUCACUGUGAGGACUUCUGUGUGCUCCCACUCCAGGUCUGUUCAGUUCCUUAAUGACUCUUCAGAAUCACUUGCUCGGUCUUUGAGAACUGAAGGCUCUUUACAUUCCUCCUCGGAAAAGAAAUGCUAUUUUAUCAGUGUUAGCAGUGAAACAAGCACAAGAACACUUGAAAUUACAUUGUCAAAGUUUCUAAGUACUGUAAUUAUCUAAGGUGAUGAGAUAAAGCCUGAAAUACCUCAAAGAUAUUAACAUUUAGUGUUUGUGGGAAACCUUGAUUUAAAACAAAAAAGGCUUUUUUUGGCAUGUCUGUAUCACUGUGUGCUGUUCCCAACUACACUGGCAUAUAUUGUAAAGAUGUAAAGGGACAGAACAAUGAGCUGCAGAGGAACCCAGGCAGCACGGGAUACAAACACGUGGUUUAAGUAGAGGGCUGCUCUGGCAGCUCUUAUAAGCACUAAAAUACCUACUGUAGGGUUUUAAGCAACACUCCAGUGUUGGUUUUUGUUUUUUUUCUUUUUAAGACACAUCUGAGACUGAUUUAUUAUCACAAAUUGUUGCUUUACAUCUUCAGAUCAAUCUCUGUAUAAAAUAUUGCAGAAGUCUGCAAGUAGUUGAAUCAUUGUCAAGCUCGAUUGUUAAACCAAUUAAAGAGGAAACUUAUGUCUGCGGUGCUGAACCGUAUUGUGUUUAAGGUCUCACAGAAUUUCUGGCAUCCAUUUUUAUUUAUAUAUUAUAAAAAUUCAGUCACAGCCAGGACUUAAUGCAGAGCUGCUGCCAACCUGUUUAAUGGAGGGAUGCGGUGGCGUCCAACUGGAGUCAGACCUCCCAGUACUGAACUGCUGCAACUGCUAUAUGGGUGUUACGCCUGCACAAAGAGGUGAGUGCAGCCAAAUACGUGUGCUUUUUCAUUGUGAAUUGUUAGGCUUCCAUUGAAUAGAAAGCAGCAGUUGUGGGGCUGCAGCAGUGUGGCAUUCGCAGCUAGCUGCAGGUCGAGCAAGUUGGUGGAAGCCUUCAGUCUGUACGUGUGGCUGCAGCCAAGUCGGUUCUUGAAUUAGCAAGUUAGAGUAGUGAAGCUUCUCACUGCCUUCCUCAUCUCUGCACAGCCCCUGCUGAGAGAAGGCCUGCUGAUGGAUGAGGCUUUUUCCUUCCAAAAGGGCUCCAUCAGAAUUGGUUAGUGAAGGAGGCCUGAAAAGAUGUUUGAAUGUAGACUUAGAAAUCUCAUACAGGAAAAUCUGUACUUCAAUAUAAGUGCUCAUCAAAUGCUCACUUGUUUUCUGGAAUAAACCUAAAGAGUAAGCUUUGCAUCUUCCAUAAGCUUAAGGAGGCUCUGCUUUCUGUCCCGGGGUGAUGUGCUGCCUUGUUCCCAGCUCUGCCGGUUCCCAGCCCACCUGGGGGCUGAUGGUGGAGCUGGAUGCUCACCUGGGGCUCAACUGUGCACUCCUCUCCUGUGAACCAGGUAGGACUUUGAAACAGAACAAUUUGAGCAACUUAUUUUCACUAUAAUCAAGCAAAAUUUGUUCGUUCUAAUACAGUAAUGUAGACUGGUGUACAUAUUUGUUUCAUUAUGUUGUAAAGUUUUGUGCAAAUUUUUUUGUGCGCAUCACAUUUAACCAAGUGGCAAUCUAGGAAAUCCUAAUGUAAAGGAAAACACAAAUUGAUGUGUUUUUAAUUAAGUGCAUUAUUGAGGCAAAAGUCCUCUUCGCUUUCAGUACCUGUCUGGUUAUAGCAUGUUAGCACAAGCAGCAUCUUUUGUAACUCCUUCAGUAGAGUGCUAGCUAUGGGAUCAGCAAAAAGUGUAUGUUGCUCCAACCUGCUUGUAUGUAAAAUGCUGAACAUCUUUUCAAACGUCAGCACUGAAGCUAUUACAGCUUCACAGUAGCAUUCCAGCACUCGUUUACCUGGGUUAGGAUACGGUGCAGCAGCUGUAUUGUGGAAUAGACAGCUUUUCUUGCAGCUCAGUGAAUGGAGGGUUGGAACUGAGUUUGAAACUUGCUGCCUGUUUUCAGGUAUAGUCUUCCAUUACAUAAAUACAGACCAUGAAAUCAUAAUGAUUGCUCUGCUUCUCCCAUUUGUCAUUUCCUUGUGGAGUGAGAAACAAUUUGGCUUACAUCAUUUGUUCUUAAGUGUUCCCCUUCUUUUCCCAGUUAAGUGAAAAUAAAAUCAGUUUCCCUGACCAAAAUACUGACGUUGGAUGUAGAGUUUGGUUUGGUGGAAUGCCAACAAACCAAAAGUAGCAGGGUAACCUGAUGUUGCUAGGUAAAAAUAGAAGGCUACAGUUGGGAAGAGCAGUGACUCAGUGAGCAGUGUGGUGAUGGCAGAAUAGGAUGUCGGCCAAGGCACAGGAAGCGGGAUGGGAACACCCAGAGCAGUUCAGCAGUCUGUGUUUCUGUGUUUUGCUCUCAAAGGGAGUGGUUUCUGAGUCUGCUGCCGAGCGUUUCAGCUUGAAAUGAAUUAAACUGCUUUUCUUCUUUACUCAUUGAACGGUUUGACCCUGAAUAGAUUUUAGCAAAAACAGUUUAUGUGAAUUGUACUUUUUUUUGUCCAGCCUGAUUCUAAGCCUGAUGUCUUUUCAGUGACUUCAUGUGGUGCACAGCUGAGUUCCGAGGUAGAGGUGUGCCAGCAGAGCUGUGCAGCAGGUGGGCAGUGCAGUGACGGGGAGCGGCGUCCGGUGGUGCUCAUCCAUUUGUACGGCUCUGUAAUAACUUCAUUGGCUGCCAUGUAGUCAUGUCUUAUUUUUUUAAAUUACCUGUUAGAAAGUGAUGUUUUGUUGUUUCUUCUUUUUUUUUCUUCUUGAUUAUAAAUGGUUGUAAGAUCAUCAAAGCAGUAAUUUGUUUUCUGUUCUUCUAUAUAGAACUAAGUAGAUCCAGCACUCGUAUAGCUUCUAGUCUACUUCAUUGAGCAUCAGUCCUAAUUUAAUGUUCUGUGCUACCAUUUCUUGCCUGCAUCUGAGGUGUUGCAGUGAGCAGGUCAUGGUUCAGCUCGAUGCUCUGGGAAAUGUAAAGAGGCAGUAGAAAUGCCCUGAGGUACUGCACUUCUGUUCCAGGAGUAAGUCUACCGCAGGAGUCGCUGCUGGGGGGAGUCUAUAGAGCAUUCCUCAGAUAAGAUACUUUAGAUGAGUACUUUGAGUAUGAAGCUGAGGAGUUCCUGGUCUCCUUGGCCUUGCUGAUCACCGAGGGUCGGACGCCUGAACACUCGAUAAAGGGCAGAACAGAGGGCUUCCAUUGUCCUCCAGCACAGUCAAGUCAGCCACCAACAACUAAGCAUGAAUGCAGCGACAAGCUGGCUCAGUGUCGUCAAGCCAGGCGAACCAGAUCUGAGGUUAUGCUACUGUGGAAAAACAAUAUUCCAAUCAUGGUUGAAGUGAUGUUACUUCCAGACUGUUGCUAUAGUGAUGAAGGGCCUAACACGGAGGGGAAUGAUUUAAAUGAUCCUGCAAUCAAACAAGAUGCGUUGUUGUUAGAAAGGUGGAUUUUGGAACCAGUUCCUCGACAAAGCGGAGAUCGAUUCAUUGAAGAGAAGACACUUUUAUUGGCUGUUCGCUCUUUUGUUUUCUUCUCCCAGCUGAGCGCGUGGCUGAGUGUUUCACAUGGUGCUGUUCCCCGUAACAUUCUGUACAGGGUGAGCGCUGCAGACGUGGACCUGCAAUGGACGUUCUCCCAGACACCAACAGAGCAUGUCUUUCCUGUUCCUAAUGUUUCUCACAAUGUGGCCUUGAAAGUCAGUGUCCAGUCUCUCCCCAGACAAUCGAAUUACCCAGUUUUGACCUGUAGUAUUCAUACCAACCUUAACUAUUACGAAAAGCAAAUGAAAGAGCGUAAGUUACAUCAGCACGGUGAAUCCAGUACAGCAGAGCUGUGCAGUACCUCCAGUCCGCAGCGUGUCUGUGGGAAACAAGCAUGGACAGUGAUACCUGAAGGCCUACUUAAUGUACGAAAGACACCUGAAUUCACUUCAUCUAUCAGAAAUUUAAAGCUUUAUCCAUCUACUGGUCUUGGGUCUGAUUUUGCAGCAUCACAGUCUAAAGUUCAGUGCUAUAAUGCUGCAGCAGACAGUAAGACACAAUCUCACGAAACAGCUGUUCGAACUUUUAAAUCCCUUUCUUUGGUUGAUUCCCGUGUUUCGAAUGGUCAUUGCUCUCAUCAGUCCACAGGAGAAACCAAUCCUUUGAUAGGUUCCUUACUUCAGGAGCGACAAGAAGUCAUUGCAAGAAUUGCUCAACACUUGAUUCACUGUGAUCCAGCUACUUCCCCAGUUGUUGCUGGACGUCCAUUCAACAUACAUGAAACCAGCACAGCUACACCAAAAGCUUAUCGGAGUACUUUCGAAGAUGAAAACUUGCUGAGGAAAGGCAAGGAAACCUCAUCUGUUCCUACUGUCAAUUUAGAUAACGCAAUACAAGAGGAUGGUGGCGAAGGCAAAACCAGAGCAAUACCAGAAAUCCCACGGCUCGAUCCCCGUGCUCCAGCGAACCACUGUGGCCGUCCAUCUGCAGGAGAAGGUAACCCUCUCAUUGACUCUCUGCUCCAGGAGCGACGGGAGGUUAUCGCAAGGAUUGCCCAGCACUUGAUUCAUUGUGAUCCAGCUACUUCUCAUGUCAAUGGUCGUCCAUUCAAAGUACAUGAGAAUGGCCCGGUUUCGUCAAAAAUCUUCCGAAGUACAUACGAAGAUGAAAACUUGCUGAAGAAAGUCAAGCAACCAUCUUCUGUUUCUUUUGCUAAAUCUAGUUUUUCUUUGCUAGAAGACAGCAGUAAAUCAAAGUUGAAAACACCUGAUACUCCUAUCAGUCCUAGGUUUGAUGGUGAAUCGAAGGCUUCUCUGAAACUUCAAGCAAGAAGAAAAUUGGUGUUAGCAAAGCCUAGUGAUGCUGUCCAAAAUGCAUUUCAUCAGACUUCAAAUAAGACUUCUCAUUCGUUUACUAACACGCGCACUUCAUCGUUGUGUGUUAAAGAAAAUAAAUCCGAAUUGCCAGAUAAAUUGGAAAUGAUGCAGUCUGAUUAUGUGCAGAAAGACCAGAUAACCAACAGAAUUAAACAGUGUUCAAAUUUUAGCAGCAUCGAUGAACAGAUUUGCACAAAUAAACUUAAAGAAAGAACAGUUGUUAGUGAGAGUAACAACACGGGCACUUUUAACAGUUUGCAGACAGAUAAAUGCAGAAUACUUGAAGGUACAAAAAAAGCAACUGUGAUGCAGGCAUCUGACUCUUUGCACAAGAAUGAACUCAAAUGUUCAGAUAAAGACUCAAAGAAGCCAAGUAUUUAUGAGCAAAAUACCCAGCUUAUUAGUAUUGAAAAUUAUUUAAGUAAAGACCAUGACAAUUUCAAAAAUAAAAGCAGACAAGAUAAAACAAAAGCUGCACAUGAUGAGAAUGAAGAGCCAGUAGGCCUUGAUUUCCAAAGCACUUCUCAGAAGAAACCUACAGAAGAUGGCUCUGUUAGGUGUGAGCGGCUGAAGAACCCAGAUGUGCAGAAAGCACCAUCUCUAAAACACACAAAUAUAUGGCGGAAACACAAUUUUCGAUCCUUGGAUGGAACUUCAACCAAGGCUUUUCAUCCCCGAACUGGAUUGCCUCUGCUUUCAAGUCCUGUUCCUCAGAGGAAAACGCAGUCUGGGUGCUUUGAUCUGGAUUCAUCACUGCUGCAGCUGAAAUGUUUGUCAGCAAGAAGCCCACAACAAUGUAUAAACAGAAAGAGUGAUCCAGAGAGCCAUGGAAAACCAUUUCUAAGUUCUAGUGCUCCACCAGUAACAAGUCUUAGCCUUCUGGGAAACUUUGAGGAGUCCGUCUUGAACUUUCGCUUAGACCCGCUAGGCAUCGUCGAGGGCUUCACGGCAGAGGUGGGAGCCAGUGGAGUCUUCUGUCCCACUCACAUGACUCUGCCAGUUGAAGUGUCAUUCUACAGCGUCUCAGACGAUAACGCACCCUCUCCUUACAUGGGUGUAAUUACUUUAGAGUCCCUUGGUAAAAGGGGUUAUCGGGUACCGCCUUCAGGAACGAUACAAGUGACCUUAUUUAACCCUAACAAAACUGUGGUGAAGAUGUUUGUGGUGAUCUAUGACUUAAGAGAGAUGCCAGCUAAUCAUCAGACAUUCCUACGGCAAAGAACUUUCUCUGUUCCUGUGAGACGAGAAAUCAAGCGGACUGUCAAUAAAGAAAACAGCCAACAGACUGAAGAAAGGCUGCUACGCUACCUCAUCCAUCUGAGGUUCCAGAGCUCUAAAUCUGGAAAGAUCUACCUCCACCGAGACGUUAGGCUCCUGUUCUCUCGGAAGUCCAUGGAAGUUGAUAGCGGCGCUGCAUACGAACUCAAAUCUUACACUGAAUCUCCAACAAAUCCUCAGUUUUCCCCAAGAUGUUAGCAAACAGUGGCAAACUGAAGUGUUCGUUUUACUGUUGAUUACUCUGUGCAAGAGAAAAUUGGUAAAGCUGUAUAAAAUUAAAUCUGUAAAGGAAUGAGGAUAGCGCUCGAGAGAGAAGGUUCUUGUGUGAUCCCGGACCAGUUUUGUAACAGGUUUCUGGAAUGAGCUUUGUGUAUUCCAUGUAGACUGGAAGCGUACUUCUAAUCUUUUUGUACUGUUUAAAACCACUUCAUUGGAUGUGUUGCAAUAGCAAUUUCCUAAGUUAGUUUAGUGUUUACACUUUUUAUUUUAUUUUUCAGUUAUUUAAUAUUUAAUGUUUCAUUUAAUACUCAAGUGACGUUUGUCUUUAGUGUUCUAAUGUAGCAUAAAUCCUAUGUAAAAUCAUACUAUGUAUUUUUGGCAUUAAUAUUGAAUCUGAAAUAUAUACAGAUGUCUUUAAUCUGUGUGAUGUUUUAAGUGAUAUUCAUUUAAGUUAUUGAAAAUGGGGACAACGGCUGAAUUUCCAUAACAUUUCAUACUAUGCAAGCAUUCAGCUUUCUUUUUUCUCUUUAAUGGUACCCUUCUUUCUUUUUCCUCUCAUACAGAUUUAAUAACACUUGCAACCAUGGUGUGGAAUGUUUGUUUACUUACCCUUGCAUUCACAUCUUUGAUUCAAUUCAUGUUUAGCUCCCUCCAUUCCUUUCUUUCCAAAACAGCCACUUUGACUUUGCUGUCUGUUGGUGUUUCAUAUAAUUCCCACCUUCCACACUUGAUUUCUCAGAUUGUGCUGAAGGAUGUACUGUGCAAACAAAUUAGCAUUUAUAUCUUAAAUAUAUGCAAAAGCUAUGGAACAUGUACUUUGUUUUAUUUUUAGAUAAGGAGGAUCUUCAUGUAAUCCUAAAUAUUUUUAUUAGGUCAAUUCCAUGUAGGCCACUAGGUGGCUAUAUAAAGUUUUACUAGAGAUGCUAUGUUGGGCAUAUAAAUGCUUUCCAAUACAUGUAUUCCUAAAACAAAUCACAAUCAGAUAAACAGUUUAUGCUAAGUGUUAAACUGUGUAACUGAGAGAAAUAAAGCUAGAAGCAUUUGAUUAUAUUUGAAGUAUA